AAUUUUUUUUUCAUAAAUCCACUAAAAAUAACAAUGCCGUUUCUAUUUUCCUUUAAUAUUAGACUUAUUUUAGUUCUAGUAUUUAUAAGUUGUAUGGUUGUUAAAUAUUGUGCUAGUAAUGAUCUUAAUCAAGAUUUUGAUAUUACAUGGGGAAAUGAAAGGGGAAAAAUACUAAAUAAUGGUGAAAUACUUACUCUUACACUUGAUAAUAUUUCAGGUUCUGGAUUUCAAUCAAAGAAGGAAUAUUUAUUUGGGAAAAUUGAUAUGCAAAUAAAAUUAGUUCGAGGGAAUUCUGCUGGCACUGUCACCGCAUACUAUUUGUCAUCACAAGGAUCAAGUCAUGAUGAGAUAGAUUUUGAGUUUCUUGGUAAUUUAAGUGGAGAGCCAUAUACACUUCAUACAAAUGUGUAUACACAAGGCAAAGGUGAUAGAGAGCAACAAUUUCACUUGUGGUUUGAUCCUACUAAUGAUUUUCAUACUUAUUCUAUCCUUUGGAAUCCACAAACUAUUGUAUUUUCAGUGGACAAUGUACCAAUAAGGGAGUUCAAAAAUAUGGAAAACAUUGGAGUUGCAUUUCCAAAAUCUCAAUCAAUGAAACUUUAUUCAAGUUUAUGGAAUGCUGAUGAAUGGGCCACAAGGGGUGGGCUUAUCAAGACUGAUUGGGCCCAAGCCCCAUUUACAGCCUCUUAUAGAAAUUUCAAUGCCAAUAUUUGCAAUAAUAAUAAUAAUAAUAAUUCUUGCAAAUAUUUGGUAGAAAAUUUGGAUCCUGUGAAUGAAGAAAAAUUGAGAAGGGUGCAACAAAAAUACAUGAUAUAUAAUUAUUGUACUGAUAAUAAGAGAUUUCCUCAAGGUUUUCCUCUAGAGUGUAGUGUUACUUAAUUAAUUAAUUAAUUAAUUUAAUUAAUGUAGGUAGAAAAGUUGGUAUAAUAAUAUUAAUAGCCCCCUCUAGUUUUGUCUCUUUCAAGUUUAUUAUAUAUUGUGACCCAAGUGAUAAGGGAGGACUAUUGUAAUAUUUAUAUGUUAGGUUUUUAAUAUUGGAAGUUGAAAGUGUUUAUGUACUUAUAAA